GGCCGCGCCGGGCCGCAGCCUCCCGCCGCUCGCCUCCGGCGCCCGCCCGCCCCGCCGGGCCCCUCGGCCGCCGCCGCCAUGCGCCACAGCCUCACCCAGCUGCUGGCCGCCUCCUCCGGCGGAGCGAGCCCCUCGGGCGCCGUCUGGCCGCUCGCCGGCGCGGGGCAGGCCCCGAGAGGGCGGGAUGGCGGCGGGGAAGGGGAUCCGGGGCCGGCGCGGCCCAAACAGCAGCAGCCGCCGCGGCGGGAGGCGGGCGCCUUGGAGCCGCGGCGGCAGGAGAAGGAAGCGGAGGCGCCCGGCGGUCCGCUGGAGGUGUGGGAGCAAGAGGACUGGUUCCCGGGGCUGGAGCUGGGAGAUCUGCUGGAGGCGGCCCGGCCGGACUGGGACGCGGACGCCGAGCUGAGCGGCUGCUUCUGUGGGGAACCGGAGCCGCUGCCCCCGCCGGGCCAGGGCCAGGGCCAGGGCCAGGGCCAGGGCCAGAGGCCGGCGGCGGCCGGGCGGCGGAGCGGCGGGGCUGGGAGCCGGCUGAAGGCGGCGGCGGCGGCGCGGCUGAACCGGCUGAAGAAGAAGCAGUACGUGCUGGGGCUGGAGAGCCGCCUGCAGGGCCUGGCUGCCGAGAACCGGCAGCUGCGGGACCGCAACCGCGGCCUGAGCCGCCGCCUGCGAGAGCUGGAGCGGGAGAGCAGCUACCUGCGGGCCGUGCUGGCUAACCAGAGCGCUCUGGGGCAGCUCCUCAGCCGCUUAGCCGGGAUCCGCGCCGGCGGGCUGCAGCUCAGCAGCAGCCUCUUCAGGGACACGGGCAGCCCCCGCCGGCAUCGCCAGCACCAUCUCCAUCCCGCCGGCGAGAGCAGCGACCACGACUACGCCCUGCCCAGCUCCCGGCCUGCCAGCCUGGAGGAGGCGGCGGCGGUGAGGGAGACGGAGGAGGAGUGGGCGGCCCCCGGCGGGAUCUGCCUCCACGUGGACCGGGAUCAGGUGUCGGUGGAGUUCUGCUCCAUCUGUGCUCGGCGAGCAGCGGCCUCCUUCAAAAUGUAGGGUCAAGUACCUGCUGCAAGUACUCGUGGGGUUCUGGCCCCUAAGGGGCCUCGCGGCGUGGCGGAGGAAGCAGGCGAUGUUUCUCUUUUAGGUGCUUGCCCUGCCAGGCUCCGUUGUGUAGGGGUUAAAGAACAGUCGUUUUCCACCUCGCAACCUGGUAAGGAUCAAUAUAUUCCCAUAAUGCGGUAUCAGACAGCUUGCUUUGCUUAUGCCAGUCUUGUAACGACUGGUUCAGGAAAUGAUUUCUCUGGUCCUUGGCCUACUCUGCCAAAACGUUUCUAGCUCUGGAUGAUAACGAAUAGGAAAAAUUAGAAUCACAUCAUUCUAAUUAGCUGUUUUCCUCUUUUCCUUUUUUAAAUUAAUAUAUGCACAUAGUAGCCAAUACAUGAGCUACGUUUUGAAUUAAAAAAUAAAUGCUGAUGCCAUUUGAAAUAGGAAUUUUCUAUUAAACUAAGUAUCUGAUAAUGUGAAAAGGGAAAAUAUGCUAAUAAGGGGGAUGUGACAUUUACAGCCUUUUAUCACAGGGGACACACAAAAGUGUAAGUAAAUUGCUUUUUGAAUGAAAAAAAAAAAGAAUUGAUGACCUGUUGUUUUAAAAUACUGUCUAGUGUUAGGGAUGCACGGUACCUUUAAAAAGCCCUUCUCUAACUUGCUCUAUCGUGAUGCGGAGUUUUGCCCGAUGAAACAGAACCUGAACACUGGUUAUAUCUGUACAGUGGAAUCCUAAUGCAGAGGAGUCACGUUUUUGCAUGGAUCUCUAACGAGAAUUGUGGUUUGAAGAAUGCAGUGCAUCGAAGUAACUCGUUACUUUAGCUUCCCAUAAGUAAUCUCUGUGCCCAUGCACACUGAAAUUCCUGUGUUACUUCAAAGUAGCUUUAAAUUUUAAAAGAUAUUGCAUGUAUAUGCAUGUGCUUAAUUUUACUGUAGAGUUCUUAAUUUAGCCUCUUACAGUAUCCAGAAAUCUCUAACUUCAUAUAAUUAAGCACAGUUUGGAGAUGAGCAAAUAUGUAUCUUGAGGCUAAUGAUUUGAAAAGUGCUCCAUGAUUAACUGAGAUAGGACAAAAAAUAGUUUGACAAACAGUAGCGUGUGUUUUCUUGUACUAGUCAGCGUUUCUCCCUAUCACAAAAGACGAGUGGGUUUUUUCAGUUGUAUUAUAAUGUUUAGGUUGCUUACGUGUAUGUCAGGUGGGGGAAGAAGGAUUGUGAAAAUGAUAAUAUGUAAAGUGAGGUUUCACAAAGAAUAGAUUUUUCCUAAAACAGUUUCAUUUAUCAACUUUAAAAAAAAAAAAAAGAUUCUGUUUAGUGUUUCUGAAGUCUUGUUGCUUAAAGCCUUAAAUUUUGUGUUUAAGGCUAAAGUAGAAGGUGAAAGCGUUUUCUCCCAGCAAUUUGCUUUAUUGGUGCUAGACCCUAUCCGGUGUUCAUCAGUAUAAAAGGAGUUUGAUGAUUCUUUGUGAAACCUCACUGUGUGAUAAAGUAUAUGUGUAUUUAGCAUCCUUGUUUUUCUUUAUGCUAAAGUGGAUUCAGCUGUGUUGGGGCAGAAGAGACGGGACCAGCUGCUGGCCACAUUUCCUGCUUUAUGUUAAAAGGUAGUAUAAGAAAUGAGAAUAAAGAGGUAACAGGGCUUUUGCUGUCUUUGGUUAAAAAAACCCAAACAAAACAAACAAAAGGUUGAAUGCUGGGAUCAUUUACCGUCAUCCAAGAUGUUGUGUUUUUUUUUUUUUUUUUUUUUUUUAAGAGACAAUAUCCUAUCAAACAGGUUUUACUCCGCUGUAUGCAGAAUUCCAUCUGUUCAGGGUAUACUGCCAGCGCAGAAGAGACUUAGUGGGGUGUUACCUUACACCUCUGUGGUGCCAUCAGUGGGACUGUUCAGAGUUUCAGUCUUGAACGGUGUGACCCUGCUGUAACUGGUGGGUUAUGCAGGAAUCAGAGUUAACCCUCAAGGCCCGUACUGCCUGAUACGCAAAAUGGAAAUAAUUGGGUUAGAUUCAACCUAGGCUCAAUCUGCCUAGCACAGACUUCACCAACGUGCUUCAUUUUGAAGUUUCACACCCUUGAUAAAAAGAGAAACGCUAAUGUAGCAAGUAUGGGAUGUUAUAAUGGCAUUUUUACAGUUACUUCAACCUAGAAGUGGUUUUUUUAAGUUAAGUUAAAUAUGCAUUCUUUCUUUUUGCAUCACUGCGGAACGGUAGAGGUCAGGGAUGUAGUUCUGGUCUCUGUUGUGAACCUGCACAUCGCUCUAGUCAUGAAACUACCUGUGAGCUGUGUCUGAGAGUAGCUGAUUUUCUGACGUGCAACAUGAUGUAUACCGGUACAAGAACAAGGUCAAGUCCCAAGAAAGUAAGUGGCUGCAGGCAUUUCUAGUGCCUACUGAAUCAUAUUUAAACCAAAUAGAGGGGAGGAAGUUACUGGAAAUUCUAACCGACUGUACUAUCUGUAUGGUGUAUUAUUAAUGUAGCUUUUUUGAAGUGGAAGCCUUGAAAUGACAUAACUUAAUACUUGAAAAUAUAUUGUAAAUGUUUCUUUGUAAUUAUGUGCCAUCCAGAUAAGAAUACAAUACCAUAAUAAAAUCAGACUUGUUGAUCUUUCA